CGUGACCAGGCAGCGGCUUUUGAUUACAUGAUAGCAGAUUUUCUCGUCUAUGUCAGACAAUUGACUGUGACCCUAGAAACCGAGGAGCCGAAUGUCAAAAGGCUUGCUGAAGAAAUUGACUGUUCAAAUGAUGUAAAUAGUAGCCAAAAGGUCAAACUUUAUCGCCUGCUAAUUAAUGGUGUUCAUUCACUCCAUGAAGCGCGUGAGCUUCUUUCUCAUUUGAAUUCACGAAAAGGUUCAUCACUGGAUCCUUCCGGUAUUCGCCUCCUUCCACUCAUAAGUUCCUACGAAAUUACGAAGCAACGCUUGAUUAAAAAAGCCCUGCUUUCUCACUUGAUCAGUUUGGGACAUGUGGCUGGUGAAGCGUCCUUUUAUACUGACCCAGAGUAUGAUUUUGAUCCGGCCGUGAAGAAUGAAAGACUUGCAAAGGAAAUCACAUUUGCAAGAAUCAAACCGGAAGAAGAUAGGACAAUGCCACUUCCGAGUGAUCGGGUUCCUGUAUUUUCAAAUAUGCUUGGCUUUAUCACUGCCCUGAUUGAAGCAUUGAUCAAUUUUGAUGCAAUGGUUGAUGAAUAUUUUCAAUUUAGUGACAUGCCCGCCUGUUAA